AUGCUUGCACCUAACGGUUCUGCGAUAAAAAUCGUUGUGUUGUGUAUCGUACUCAGUGAAUCGUACUCGAAUGCUUAUCCGAAUACGUCCAUUCGAACGUUCGAAAAAUACAUUAACGACAGUUAUAUCCAACGAGGAGAUCCGAGCGGUCUUUCGACCAAUGCGUUCACGUGGAUUUGGAGUGCGAUUUUGAAUGUUUGGUAUCUUGGUUAUUUACUUGGCGUCUUCGUAACACCUUACGUUACCGAUAAUUAUGGUCGAAAAAUAACGCUGAUAAUCGCCAAUAGUCUCGGCUCACUUGGUGUUGUCAUAUCGAUCGUCGCCGUAGAGGUACCGGUACCCGAACUACUACUUGUGGGUCGUGCAGUAUCAUCGCUUGGAUCUGGCAUGAGUUUCGGCACUCUUAUUCUAUUCCUUCAGGAAACAACGCCAACAAAACUGCGUGGAUUGACCUCAUUUCUAUCUGAGACCAUAUUUCUGGCGAUCAGCCUUACCGGUGUAGGUUUCGGUAUUGGUUUAGCACCAGUUGUUCUGGCACUGCUGAUAACGUUGCCACUGUAUGAAACACCGAAAUUCUUAUUGCUCAACAAGGAUAAUCGAAGUGCCGCACUUGAAUCACUCAUUUACUACAGAGGUGAGGCGUGA